CAUCCUUUCUUACAAGUCAGAGGAAACCGGUCGUAGCAGGCGACAGACGUGUAUUGAUAAUGUAUUUUGCUCUUUUGUUAUGUGUUGGGAUAGCGAGUGUGCAUGCAGAACCAUGUACUUCACCUAAUAAUGAGAAGGGCACGUGUAAAUCUCUGUACGAAUGUGAUCUCCUGCGAGGGAUAGUUGGGAAGGCAAACCGAACUUCUUUAGAUGAGCAUUUCUUGAGGAAGUCCAAAUGUGGAUACGAUGGGGAUAUACCAAAGGUCUGCUGCCCUGAUACAGACAAGUUGACAUGCGUCACGGCCGACGCCAAUGAUGGACAGUGCAUCAACAUUCGAGCAUGUCCCGUGCUUUUAGAAAUGUUGAAGGAACCAAAUGAUACUACUAAAGUGGAAUACCUUAAGAAUUCUCUUUGCCCCGGGCCCGAAGACCCUAGCGUGUGCUGUGGGCCGGCGCCGCAGCUACAAGAGCCAGUGUACGAGCAGUGCGAAGCGAAGGUAUCAGCGCUGCCGCCCGACCCCGACAGCGACUGCUGCGGCGUCGAUAGCAGUGUAGGAAACAAGAUUGUAGGUGGUAAAGUUACCACAAUCGAUCAAUAUCCGUGGCUGGUGGUGAUCGAAUACGUCAAGUCGUUCGAGAAGAACAAACUGUUGUGUGGCGGCGCUCUUAUCAGCGGCAAAUACGUCCUGACAGCUGCCCAUUGCGUCAGAGGACCUAUACUUAAUCGCGGGACACCUAAAUACGUCCGUCUCGGAGAGUAUAACGUCACAAAUGACGGGCGUGAUUGCGUCAAGUCUGACUACGGCGACGAUGAUUGUACUGAUGAGAUGAUCCUUGCCCCCAUUGAGAAGAUGAUACCGCAUCCGGGAUACACCGGGCUGGACAAUGAAAGGAGACACGAUAUAGCUUUGAUACGGCUCAAGAUCUAUGCUCCUUAUACCGACUUCAUCCGUCCAAUUUGCCUGCCGAAGAUCGAUUAUUUGCUGUCGCCGCCCGCGGACUUCUCAUUUUACGUCGCGGGCUGGGGAAGGGCUUACCAAGACCUCAAACAGGGAAUAUAUCGGAACAGUGACGUCAAGAAACAUGUUGUGAUGCCUUAUAUUGAUAGAGCCGUGUGUCAAGCAGCCAUUCGCACAUUAAACGGACUUGAAGGUAUAACCUUCGAAGAGGUACACAUUUGCGCCGGUGGGGUCAAGGGUAAUUCCUCCUGCAGAGGUGAUUCUGGAGGACCCAUGAUGUAUGAGAAUAAACAACUUAGAAAAUACGAAGCAAUUGGAAUCGUCUCUGCUGGUUCUCUUAACUGCGGGCGGGAAGGCAUACCCACCGUGUUUACAUAUGUUUAUAAAUAUCUGCCAUGGAUUAAAGCGAAUAUUACUCCUUAAACUUUCGUUUUAAAAAACGUAUAUUAAAAUUUAAUCUGAAUUUAAAUAAUGUUUAUAAUACUUAAUUUAAAAUAUGAACAGUUAUCAAAGGUUCUGAAAGUGCGAAAAAAGUUUUUAAUUUUCUUGGUUAGGCUACAAAACUGAAAGAUAAGACUGAACCUAAAAAUUGUAAAUAACAAAAUAUUUCAUUAUUGUUUACAAUGACAUUAAUAAAGCUACAUUCUGUAUUUGAUGA